CAUGAUGCCUUUCUCGUCGUCUCUUCCCCCUGCUCACUCCUCUCUGCACCUCCUCUUCUUCUUCUUCUUCUUCUUUGACAUCAGCUGUUCUGCCCACAGAGCUGCUGUAGCAUCCAGCUGGAAGAAGAAAAGCGCUCCGUCCGCGCUAAGAUGCUGCUGUUCGUCAUCCUCGGGAGUGUGGGAGCGGUGACGGUCCUGGUCAUUUUAUUCGCAGCACAGAUCAGGUAACAUGCUCUACAAUAAAACCAUUGACUCCCAGUGAAAUAGAGGCUUUGGAGCAUCACGGGUGGGUUGUUACUUGGUUGACAGGGCAUUACAUUGCACUGAUGUUGUUCUUACAAAGGGCUGGUUGGACGCUGUUAUUAAAGGUCUGUUUAUAUAAAUCAGCUGAUGGUAAUUUCGGGGUUUUAUUCUCGCCUCCUUUUGUUCCACUCGACGCUGACUGGCUCCCAGCAGCAGAAAAUCAAUGGUAGAGAAAUGAUGGAGCUGUGGGAGUUUUUGCACAGACAUGAACCGGGACUCUCCAUCCGAGCCGCCCGGGCCUAUCAGGAGGCGGCGCGUGGGAGGAGUCCUAACCGUGUGCAUUACUCCAGCUGAGCCAUUGGUCACGGGGCGGACCCGCACGGUGGCGUGGGUCGUACGACUUUACGCUCUCUGCUGUACAUUCUCCAAGUUUGUCCCUGAAUAAUGAAGCUGGCUGUGUGCAUGUGUCCCAACAUAAUGUGGACAAGAUCUGCUCUGACAGAGAGAGAGGGGAGCUGCUGGUCAUCCAAACAGAACCGUCUGAAUGUUUUAUCUCUUUAUUUACAGAAGAUAUGCAGCAGGAGGAGUGUGCAUGUCCACGGCUCUCCUGGAAGGAAAGACAGUCCUCAUCACAGGGGCCAACACAGGGAUCGGGAAGGAGACCGCCCUGGAUAUGGCAGUGAGAGGUAACUGUGAAGUUUGAUGUGUGGAAGCACUUAACACCCAAAUGUAGGGCUGCUCGACAAGGCGAGAAAACUAACACUGUCAGUAUUCAAGGAGUGCAUGUACUGUAUUUUUCGCACUAUAAGGCGCACAUGAUUAUAAGGCGCACCAUCAAUGAACGCGUCUAUUCGCGUCUAUUUUCAUACAUAAGGUGCACCGGAUUAUAAAGCACAUAAAGCCAAACGAAACAGUCAGAUAAGUCAAACUUCAAUAACUCUGUGAGGCUACGGUAGCUGCAGCGCUCCGACAAGCCAAACGGAUUUUAAGUGCACCUUAUAGUGCGAUAAAUACGGUACUCCUAAGUUGAAAAAAAGAGUAAGAAGCACACAAAGAACUUUAGGUGCACAAUGAAAAUUGAUCAAAUAAUGUUUGUCUUAUUGGUCGGCAUGAGGACUAUUAUUUGAAAUCAAUUUUGGUCACGUGCAUUGACUGUAUAUACUCUGGACAACUUGGUUCUGCCUUCCACCAGUGUACGGAUUUGAAGCCUAAAAGCUUUCUGUAAUUCCACGUUUUUUCUCCCUUCCUGAAACCAACAUUGCGCAGUAGCGUUGUACGCAUUCAGCGGGAAAGUCACAGAGAGCCACUGUGAUGAUGCUCGGCUCAAACAGCGUAUACCUCGGGUGAGCUUCGCAAUCUUCUUACGCCCAUAGGCUGUAUCAAUCGUCAAUCAUCGAGAACAUGAACCCCCUAAUAACUUUUAAAAAUGGAGCUGUACAGAAAAAAGAGGACUUGAGCACAAACCAGUUUUAGGCUAUGUUCACACUGCAGGUUAUGAUGCACAAUUCAAAACUUUCAAAACUCAAUAAGAGGCAUUAAUAGAGGUUUCAUCUGUGUCAUAUAUGAGUGGUCAGGAGACGUGAAAACCAUUUAGCUGAUUUAAAAAAAAAACAAAUUUACACGAUUCCUGAUUUUCUCUCCUGGUUUAAAAUCUCAUCCAAAAACUCUGGAUCUGACUACGACUCCUGGAGUGUGGCGUCCUUGGUUGACCUCGGUGUGUUUGAAGCUUUGCUCUGCCUGAGGAGCAGCAGGAGAAGUGGGUAAAAAUCUUCAUCACUGAGCAGCAGGCCAAAGAAAAACCGAGGAGAAUCAAUAGUUGCUCCAGGCAGCAGAAGCUCUCUUCCUCCUCCUGUUUUCGGUGAAUUAAUCCAGCCUCUGUUUGGAUCUCUGAUUGUUUCCAAUCCUGCAGGCGCUCGGGUCAUCAUGGCGUGUCGAGAUGUGGAGAAAGGAGAGGAAGCUGCAGCCAGUAUACGAGCGGCGUGUGCCAGAGCAGACGUGGAGGUCCGAGAGCUGGACCUGGCAGAUACCUGCUCGAUACGAGCCUUCGCGCAGAAGUUCCUUAGCGGUGAGCUUCAGAGGAUUACUGCGGUUUUAUUUCAGGUAAAUCUCAGCUGACGUGAUCGUUUCUCUUCCUCAGAGGUCAACCAGCUUCAUAUCCUCAUUAAUAACGCGGGUGUGAUGAUGUGCCCCUACACCAAGACUAAAGACGGCUUUGAGAUGCACAUCGGAGUCAAUCACUUAGGUGAGACUGAAAAUACUUUCACCUUUACUGUAUUUAAGAAAACUUUUAUCUAACGGUGAAACAACUCUGUGUCUCAGGUCACUUCCUGUUGACGUCCCUCCUGAUCGGGCUGCUGAAGCGCAGUGCGCCGGCCCGCAUCGUGGUGGUCUCUUCUCUGGCACACAACUUCGGCUGGAUCCGAUUUCACGACCUCCACAGUCAGGGGAGCUACAACAGCGGACUGGCGUACUGCCAGAGCAAGCUCGCAAACGUGCUUUUCGCCAGAGAGUUGGCGCGCAGACUCAAAGGUACGCGCUCACGCCUGUUUACGUUAAGACGUGUUGAGAAGUGGAAGGCGAACUGCAGUUCCUUUAAUGACCACUUGAGGCUCAGAACAAAGGAGGGUUUUAUUCAGAUUCGUUGUCUUCACAGAUACAAAUGUGACGGUGAACUCAGUCCACCCGGGUACAGUGAACUCUGACCUGACCAGACAUUCAACCCUCAUGACGAUAUUUUUCACCGUCUUCUCCAUGUUCCUAAAAACGCCGCGAGAAGGAGCGCAGACCAGCAUCUACUGUGCAGUGGCGGAGGAGCUGCACUCCAUCUCUGGGAAACACUUCAGGUGAGUGAAAACUUCAGUCCGACAUGUUAGUCUGAGAGUUUGGAGCUAAUCUGAUCUUCUGGUGACCUGCUCUGAACUUCCUCAUUAAAAAAUUAUGUCUCAGUCUUCAGCGUCCUCGUGAAAAACCACACAUCCCACAAGCUCCGCUGUUACCGUGGAAACGUUCGUGCUUCAAAACUUUGCACAAAGCCCGAAGGGAUUGUGUUUGUCUCCUUAAAUCUGCAUCAGCGGCUCCGACAUGGUUUGACCAUUAGACAGUUAGUCGUGUUUUUAAAUGUCAUUUUAUGCUCCUCAGAUAAAGGAUAAAGAUAAGCUGCAGGGAGGAGCAGCAGCGACACAAAGGGUCUGUUUGUUUGCAGUAGUAUCUUUUUAUUGUAAAUAGAUAUUCAGUUUAAACUGUUAUGAGGACCAGUGCUCCAGUCACUGUUUCUGAAAAGUAAUCAACAUCUGGUUUUAGUGAUAAGAGUAAAAGAGGACAGUCUGAACAGCAGGUGGGAAUUCUCUCUAAUAGAGGUGGAGUUAAGGCGGGCCUUCAGUCACCUGGCUAACAGCUACAGUACGUCCCUGAACACACAAGCAACAAGCGCACAAAGACCAACAAACUGUGUGUUGAUGUGACCUGAUCGUAAUUUUUGAUAUUCUAUCAAUAACUCUGAAAGAGGGCAGAAUAAGACACACAUUAGGAAACAGAUCUACUGUGUUCACCAUAUUGUAUCCGAUCAUACCUUAUCAUGUAGCGUUGUAGAUAAUGGUAAUUUUUACUAAAAAGUAAAACAAUAUGGAGCGUAUUCUAUCAGGUGAUGUCACAACAUAAAUAUGUUGACUAAAUAAAAUAAAAAAUCCGUAAGACAAUAUUUAAGCAUGUCGUAGUGCAACACAAUGUUACACAACGUAUGUUACUUAUUCUGUCGUAUUUAUUAUAAUGUAUUGUAUCAAAAUGUCACUUAAUGUAACAUAAUGUAAUGUAUCAUAUAACAUUAUGUUACUUAAUGUGUAUGAUAUUGUUUGGUGUAAUUUUGCAUCAUAACAGAUCAUAUUGUAAUGUUACUAACUAUAUCGCACUGUAAUGCAUCGUAUUGUAUCUUAAUGUAAAGUAGCUUAUUGUAUCGUAACAUAAAACCAACUGUAUCAUAAUGUAUCGUAAUGAAACUUAUCGUAUGGUAGAGAAUCGUAACAUAACUUGUUAUGUACUAUAUCUUUAUGUAACUGAUUGUAAUGUAUCACAACAGAUCAUAUCGUAAUGUAACUUAUUGUAUCGUAUCAUUACAUAACAUUGUAUAUAAGCAUAUAUAACUGUAUCAUAACAUAUAUCAUAAUGUAACUUACUGUAACACAUUGUAAUGUAUCUUAUUGCAUCCGGACAUAACGUAUGGUAAAUUAUUGUGUCAUAUCACAACAUAAUGUAUUGACUUGAAUCAUAUAAAAUCAUAUCAUUAUGUGAACUUGCCCAAGCUCAAUAUCCUUGAGGCGAUGAUAAAACGUACUGUAUCUAAUCUUAUUGUAUUUUGCAUAUAAAGAGGUUCAGAAGACAAAUAUCACAGAGUAAAUAAUGAAGUGUAGGUCGGUAUCAUAUCGUACGGUGAAUUUGUGCACUGAGAGCCCGGAUUUUAAUGUUCCCUUCAUUCAAACUCCUUUUGGAGGUUAAACGUGUAUCUUCAGGGGGUUAAACACGUGAGCGUGUUUUCUUUUUUCUACUCGUGUCCGCCCUCCCCGAGGUGUUGACAGAUAAAAUUAAUGAUGCCACUGAUAUCCUCAUCAGGCACAAGGUCAUAUCAAAAAGGGAACGCAGCACCCAGAGCAGUGACUCACUUACACCCUUCAUUAUGUAAUAACCACCCCUCCUUCUUUCAUUACAGCGACUGCGCCCCUGCCUUUGUAGCCCCACAGGGGAGAAGCGAGGAGACGGCGAGGAGACUGUGGGACGUCAGCUGCGAGCUGCUCGGUAUCGAGUGGGACUGAUUCAACUUUUAACCUCCGCCUAUCUCAGAUCUCAAAGGGGCCCUUACUCUCUCUCUCUCUUAUCAUUCAUUUCAUUUUGGGUUCAAUGUUCUGUAUUUUGGACGUUUCUUACCUGAAUAAGCAGUCAGGUCGAUCUGUAAGAGGUACUCUAAUGUGAAGUUGCUUUUUUGUGUAAUAAUGCAGUAAUUACAUGGUAAUAACUGGAGUAUUUUGGCUGCUGUUGGAGCUGCUCUUCGAACCAAAACCACUCGACAGUAUUACGGUGUGAAGACAAAGAACUUUUUGACUCUAUUUUUGUGACACAAUGUGAAAACAGUGUAGGCAAAAAAGCAACUCGGUGUGACGUGAUGCUGUAGGAUACUGUGAAGGGUCGAGUCAGGGUAUAUGACCAGCAUCUUUAUUAUCCAAUAUUGUGACUUUAUUUCUCCUGAAUUUACAGCUGAAUGGCUUGAAUUUUGUGCCAGCGUUUCUAAACACUUGCAGGGGUUCUUACCGCGUUUCCAGGUCGACAACAAAAUUAGUAAACUACUGAAGAUAAGCGUCUGUCUGAGCCAUAAUUAGUGCUUCAAUCGCAUUAAUGUAUUUUGUGAUAAUUAUAGCCAGUUUAGAUGAAAAGGUUUUCUAUUUAAUCAUAUCAGAGUUAGGGUCAGCUCACUUCAAUCUUUCUUUUUUCCAUCUGCCAAAUCCUGCAGACUCCUGCGGGACCCACAGUCCUCUCCUCAUGUUUCAGCAUUUACACGAAGGUUGCCAAGAGUUUACAAUCUGUGUUUUAUACGAGUUCAACAUGCCUUUUACUACACUUACAGUCAUGUUCAGAGUUGAAUGUUUACAUAUGAUGUAAAUAAAGCCGAAUAUUAAUAUAUGAGGGGCUGCUUUUUUGUACUUUUGUCUGAGGCUAGACCUCCUCCCUGGAUCAACUUUUUGUAGGUUUUCACGUUAAAAGAUGGUUUUGACUGGCUGAUUGAAAACUGAAUAAAAGGGGAUCCAAGAUAGACCCCUGGGGGACGCCACUUCAGACAGGAGGCAUUUCAAAGUGAUCGCUCCACAGACAUUUUAGGACUUUUUCACCUCUAGAAACAAAUGAACGGUACAGAAGACGAGAACGGCCAUGGAUGUUUCUUUUUUUUUUUAUGCACUGCUAUCUCGUGAUGGUGACUUAUUAUUUCGUCAUCUCAAUUGUAGUGAUUUGAAAUGAGCCUCAUACGGUCGCACCAAAAUAUAUGUAGCGAUUUGAAAUGAGCCUCACAAGGCCGCACCAAAAUAAUACUUGGCGAUUGGAAUUUAUAAUAAAUGUCUGAAGAUUAAUAAUCUCAAAUUAUGACAUUUAUGCACUCGUUGAAAGGGGCACCACCCACCCUUAAUGGUGGGAAAAUAAAGAAAACAAAAGUUUAAUUCAGAAAUCAAACAUCAAGUCAGUUUUAAUUAAUCAGUCUUAAUUAAUCAGUCUUAUAUCUUAAGUCGAAAUUCUAAUUUCAGGGACUCCACUUCUGGAAGAACACUAACAGACAGGAACUUAGAAAAAUAAUGAUCUGUUUAUUACAGGAUAAUGAUGGUACAACAUACAUGCAAUAAAUGAUGAUAAGAUAAUGAGGAUAAAAUAAUAAUAGGUGAAUAAAUAAAGAUUCUGAGUCAGGCUAGGAGCACUAAAGUUAAUGAUAGUGAGUGAAUAUGCGCUAACAUAUUAACCUACACUAACUUUAGUGUCGAGAUAAACUCGGAUGUGGAUUUGGAGGAAUCUAAGAUUACCAGAAUAAGAGGAUAUCUGAGUUGAACGCAGGAGACAGCACCAGCCCUCUUUAGAGCUCUGGAGGUUUGCAUACUUAAGUGAGACUGGUCCUUGGAGAAGAUGGAGCAGGUUCCGAAGGUCCGGGCUACUGGCGGUUCGAGCGGUUCAGCUCAGAAGACGACUGAAGUCAGCCGAAGGAUGAGCCAGGAGUUGCAGCACUCAGGCCCGAAGCAAAAACCAGCGCCUGUGGAUCCUGUGGAUGCUCGUUUGGGUACUUCUUUAGUCUCACUCAAAAACUCUGGCACAGAGGAUGACCUGGGCCUGUUGGAUUGCGUUCGGAGGUGACUUUGAAAUCACGCAGAAAACUCAGAAAAACGAGGCUCGAAGAGCAGAGAAAACUUUCAAAAAUGGCUUCGCGAAAUUAAAGAAAAUCAAUCAAAGGCUUAAUCUUGAAUUGCUAUGUGCACAAAAAGUUGAAGUUUCAAAACUUGAACUAAGACGAUGUUAAAGAAAAAUCAACGUGAAUCAACACGUGGCGUAAAACUUAGAAGACUAAGAAAAAGUUCUAAGAGAAAACAAAGAAACGCACCACAGAAGGGUGUGGGCAGAAGAGAAGGGGCAUAAGAGCCGGGGACAAGAGAGUCAGCAGAAGAGCAGAAGCAUAAGAGAGAUAAGAGGAGUAAGAGUGAAGAGAGUAAGAGAGUGAGCAACCCGACUUCACUGGUUUUAUCUUCUCACACUGGGGGUGGCUCCGGCGUGUGUGUGAGGAGACAGAGGAGGGGUCGUGUGGUCUUUGAUUAUUUGAUCUAACUUAUUCUUUUGGCUGGCAAAAGAGUCAGAUCUGAUACUCACUCACUAUGAUUAAUAUCAUUGAAUGUUUGGUUUCAUGAUAAAUAAUUUGAUACUAAACACAUAUGAAUGAAGUGUAGGAUCACAUCAAACAUUCUCAUUAUGUUUUAAGUAUCACAUUGAACAUGCUAAAUUACUCUGAAAUGAAACAGAUAGUAACACAUGGAAACUGUGAACAACAAAAGAGUAAAUACAUGUGAAUGAACGUCAUCAUGAUUAAUAAUGGAUUCUAAAUACUCACAUUAAGGUUAUUCAAUGACAUUAUAACCACCUAAUGGUUAAAAAUACUAAAUAAACGAUUAAAAUAUAGAACAAACAUUUCUAAACCAUUUCUGUUAAUUAGAGCUAAGUUAUGAGUCACAAUCAAUAAAUUUAACUCUUAAAAGUUCAUGAAACAGUCUGAAAAGGUGUUGGUCUAAAGAUAUCCGGAGUGAUAAUUUGGCUUCUGAAGCACAUAGAAAAACGGGAAACAUCUCAUUUUAACACAAAUUUCAUGAUUAGACAGAUUAGUACAUUGCUGAAUGCAUAAGAUGUCAGGAUCAGUCAUUUGUAUUCUUUCACCAAAGGAAUGUAGUCUUUAUCAGUGCAUGGUCGAGCAGGGUUUUACGACCGAGGUCUGGAGGUCAGUGUCCCCCCUUUUCCUAGGGUCCGUAUGUUCACACACUUUAAGACACUAAAUCUCAAAUGGGAGAUCUGGGUUGAGACGUUAAUGUUUAUUUAGAUGGUCAGCAAAUGGAGUCAGUUUGAAAGGUAAUAAAACUCUGUCUCUGUUCUCCGAAUUGACCAAUCGUGAAGAGUCGGAGGUUUAGUCAACCUCCGGUUGGGUCACUUAUUUAACCUGAAAGUGUAAACGAGUCUGGAAAGAUUUAUAUCCUGUUUCCUGGGACCAGAUAAGGAACUUUCCUGUGAGGAAUGUGUGGGUUUCACACCCAGGGUUGUCUUGAUUGCUACAGUCCCCCCUUCGUCACGGUGGUCCUGUCCAUGGAGCAUCGGGACGACGAGUAGACAACCAUGAAGCAGCAGCAGCAGCAGCAGGUGUAUGCAAAUAGGACUGAUGCGUCUCGUCAUCACUAUGUGAAUCACUAGUACUGCUUUGAGAUAAAAUUAAGCAUGCAUUAAGCUAUCAAAUAAAAUAGUCUUGUUGUUAGACUUUUCUCAGUUAACUACUGGUAGACUAAUGUGAAAGAAAAUCUCCUAAUUUUUAGUAUUAAUGAGAUUUAGAAAAGCACUCUUUAGUCUGAAUGCUAACUGGAUCUAAGGCUAUAGCUGUUUUUCAUGCUUGCUGGAGAAGUCUGAAAGUUCAAUUUCAGUUUCAAAAAUGGUUAAGACUUAGGUGGAAAAGAAAGGUCUGCUAUAGACAUAUUAACCAUCUGUGUAUGAGCAUAGUCAACCUGAAUCACAAACAUCAAAAGUUUACUGCACAGAGUUUCUCUUAAACUUUGUCUGUUAAACUUGGGGAUGAUGCUCUUAUUGGUUUGACUAAUUAUCUGCUGUUGAGUCUGAAAUUUGUCAAUCUGAGUCUUAAUGACAGAAAUUUCAGGUUUUAAUCUGUUCAUGGGAUAUUUGACAGCUGACAAGCUGACCAUAUUGACAGAGGAGAGACAAAUGCUAACAAAGAAAGCAGCAACUGGUAUUGCAGUCAUCAAUGUAUCACCACAGCAUUUGGAUAUCUUAUUGGAGUCAUUUAGCUUUGGCUGAGUGACUUCUGCUUUCGCAGGACUCACACCUUCAUGACUCCGCAGUGUUAAUCUCAGUGGUUAGCUGAGUAGUCAUGUUUAUUCACCUUCAAAGUGGAUGAAACCGAUUGAGGUGGAUAAUAAGAUCGUCGUUUCUGAGAGUGUGAUUUACUCUGAUUCUGCCAGUCAUUCACCCCACUUUGGCGGUGUUGAUGGUUUUUCCUUUGUCUGGGACAAAACCCACCGUGACGGGAGUCUGAAUAACAACAGUUGGUCUCAAAGUUUACCUGGCGUUGGUCUGUGUCAGAACUGGGCCUUGGUGUGUAACUUUGACCUUUGUGAGUGUGUUGAGGUCGAAAAGGUUUUGGAGGCCUGGUUAACCACUCAUUUGGAGGCUUAUCGGAGCCUGAAAAUACACAGUCUGAAGCUUUGUUCAGCUCCAUGGGCAGUGAUUUUGUCCCCAUAGCCAAGAGAGUAACGGGCUCUGCUUUCUUAGCCAAAGUUUGUCGUUGUUUGGCAAAACCUUUUACAGCAAGUUCACGAAGCUGUCGGCUAGUCAAAGUGUUUGGACAAGCUAAGACGCCAAGGUGAUGACUGGUGGUAGGGUGGAGGUUCUGGACGAACAGCGUUUUGAAGUUCAAGUCCUCCUCCAUUUCUGGUUCAUUUCGGAAACCAAAGUAAGCUUCGCGUAAGCGGUUGUAAUACUGUUGGGGAGAUUCUGAUCUCCCUUGUUUAAUAGACAGAGCAGCAGAGAGGCCUGUCUGGGUCAAAUGAUCAGAAAACUCUUCGAUUAAUGCUUGGCAGAGCAAGUCAUAAUUAUUUCUGACAUGAUAAGGCUGUCGUUCAAGGAAACUGCUAACCUCUCGACUUGACGUCGCCUUAAUAAGGUAGAUUUUGUCAUCAAUGGUUGCACCUGGAAAUUUCCUCAGGUAAAAGUCAAUGUCUUUCAAGUAGGUGCAGGUGUCAGUAGCACCUUGGUGCUCAGGUUCAAAGCGUGCUAUGAUGCGAGCAAUUUUGUCAAGAUCCCUGUCUGAGGGAAAUGGUAAGAAGCCAUCAUGAGGAGGAGAGUAGGACUCUUGGUUUAAGGAUGACCUCUCAGGGUCAAGCAGGGUCCUGUCAUGAUGCUGAGAGAGAUACUUAAGAGUUGGUUUGGAAGGAAGUGAUGGCGCUCUCUCAGGAGGCUGAUCACCUAUCAUUUCUUCAAGAAACGUUUGCUUCAUGCGUUCUCUUUGGGCUCGACCUGACUGGAGGGAGCAUCGUAACUCUCUUUGGGCAUCUUCAAGUUCUUUAUCUGUCUUUUCUUGCCGUUCUUGACAAAGAAUUAACUGUCUUUGAGCUAUCUGGAGCUGGUGCUGUAAGGUAGAAGUUUGCUUCUCCUUAGCUUCAAGAGCUUCAGCACGCACUUUGACCAGUGCUUUCAAAGCUUUUACAUCUUCUGUUGCUUGCUCUAGUAGGGAUUCUGACUGUAUCAGAUCCUCUGUGGUCUUAGCAAGCUGCUUAUUCAUGUCAUCAAGUUCUUUCUCCUUUUUGUAAAGGUUUUCAUUAAGUCUUUCAAUCUUGUCUUUGAGAUCAAGAUUUUCUUCAUGACUUAUCAGUGAGGGAAGCUUUGACGCUUCACAUCUGGCACUGUGUUUUUCUAAAACACUUAAAGACUUCUUAGUCUCCUCUAGCGUCUUUUUCAGAGCGCUGUUUUCAUCUUUUUGCGCCUUUAUCUUUGCUAAAGCGCAUUCCAGCAAGUAGUCUUUAUACUCAAGCUGAGAAGACAUCAUGACAGACAUGCAUCUAGUGAGCUCUUUGUCACGAAGUGUCGUGGUUAAGGCUGUUUCCAGUAAGUCAGCCAUUGCAUCCUCCGGAUUGGAGGGUUUGGCCUUAUGAAUCUUAGUCAUGUACUGAGGUAUCAGCUGACUAAUUAAGUUUGCUAACACUGUGUGUAUGUCCCUCAGGGGGUCUCCCUGGCUGGACUCCUUUGUGUUAGGCAUGUUUGGUUUUGGUAAAGAGGUGCAGGUGGUUGGUUGAUGAGUUUGAGUUGGCUUAAAAUGAAAGGAAGAAGUACAAUAUCAAAUUAAGUGGGUUAAUCGACUUAAUUUAUCAGUGCUUGAUAAAGAGGAAGAGCCUAUCUGAGUAGAUCUCUAAUGGAGAGAAAAAUAACAUAAAGUUAAAUACAUUUCAAUGAAAAUUGAAAGAAAAACAAGGUGAAAUAAUGUUAAAUUAAAUUUAACAUCAGAUACAGAACCAUUGAAUAAAGGGUUCAAUUUGUCUCCGUGUUGCAGAGAUCAGCAAAGCUUAAAUAAACUGCCUGAUGCAGUUGGAUGAAUUUGAAAGAUCAAUGAAAUUGUCAAUUUAAGGAAUUAACUCUGAAGUUAAUUCACAAAUUGCAAUAAAUCCAAAGAUUCAACUACCCAAUUCAUCUGAAAUGUUAAAAGAAAUUUCAAGUAUUAAUUAAUUUGUUCAUUAAUUAAUUAAUCUUAUGAGGAGGGUUAAUACAUUCAUGUAUUAUAGGGAACAGUAAAACUGCUCAAUGGUGUGAUAAGUAACAACAAGAUCAGGUGAUUGAUUCAAGGAGUUACUUUAUCAAUACAUUAUGGAGGCUCUUAUAACAAAGAUAAAAAUCAAAAAUCAAUGAUCAAUGAUUUAGAAUAAGCACAUCAAACUUCAUCAACCAAGUCAAUCACUUGAAUUAUGUCUGUAGAGUGUUACGCACUGACUACAGAGAGGCAGUACAGCUGGCUGAUACUGCAGGCAGAUAAGCGUUAGCUCAAUACCAAAAGCAACCAUGUGGGGCAGUAUAGAGUUGGGAGAACUGCACAAGCUCAACACUAGUGGAGAAGAAGAAGAAAAGAGGAAACAGUCAUCCAACUAGCCUCUUGUGGCUGUGAGGAGUUGGGAAGUCUGCAGGAAGGGGCCUUUAGGCUCUGCCUCCUUGAAGGGCCUUAUCUGCUUAAGGCCAAAUGGUCAAUCUCUCCAAUGACAACAAAGGGUUAACAUUUCACAGCAGGAUCGUCUGCACCCUCAAACAUAGAACUUUACACCAUCUGCUCAGGCAGAUUGGUUCAAUAAAAUCAUUUACAGGAACAAGGAUCAAAGUGGCAAAUCCUUAAACAGCAGAUCCAACUGCAGACUUAAAAAAAAAAAUCACAAAUGUGGCGAUUUGUGAUCACGGAUUUUGUCUGAAUUCAUUCAAACAACAGCCUCCCACUGUUACAGUGGUUUCCUGUGACAGGUAGUUAAUCUGUCAGGGGAAAGGAGGAAAUCUGAAUCCCAUACAGUAUAGUUACUAGAACUUCGUAGCAGACUAUAGAGACAAGAAUCAAAGUGACAAAUCCCUCAACAGCAGAUUCAACUGCAAACUUAAAAAUCACAAAUGCGGCGAUUUGUGAACACAAAUUUUGUCUGAAUUCACUCAAACAACAACCUCCCACUGUUACAGUGGUUUCCUGUGACAGGUAGCUAAUCUGUCAGGGGAAAGGAGGAAAUCUGAAUCCCAUAUAGUUACUAGAACCUCGUAGCAGACUACAGAGACUUCAGGGGCUUGAAACCACAGCUCGGAGCAUCGCGAACACUGGGUUCAGCCAAAGGCCUUAAAUACAAGCGUACGGCGACGCCACAAUCGUGCACUUAAAUAUUGGACAGUCUAGACAGAGCAGAGGAGUCAGUCUCACUGCUACUCAGAACAACAUUUCACGCUGUCCAGCUCAAACACAGACUACAGGCAUGUAGUACAAGAGUGUGUGAAACACAGAGCAUAAAGGUUUUAUGCAUAGAUCAUGAAAACAUCAGAACUUAGUCAAGCAACUUCAGCAAGCAUAGCAUUGAUUGUGAUUAAGUCUAAAACAGCCUGAAAAUAAGUUUCUCUCAUCAAUUUGGAAGGCUAAGUUUUAGGUUGUCUGUUAGUAUCCAGAAGUUUUGUUUGAAACGCCUCACACGGGGCACCAAAAUAUAUGUAGUGAUUUGAAAUGAGCCUCAUACGGUCGCACCAAAAUAUAUGUAGCGAUUUGAAAUGAGCCUCACAAGGCCGCACCAAAAUAAUACUUGGCGAUUGGAAUUUAUAAUAAAUGUCUGAAGAUUAAUAAUCUCAAAUUAUGACAUUUAUGCACUCGUUGAAAGGGGCACCACCCACCCUUAAUGGUGGGAAAAUAAAGAAAACAAAAGUUUAAUUCAGAAAUCAAACAUCAAGUCAGUUUUAAUUAAUCAGUCUUAAUUAAUCAGUCUUAUAUCUUAAGUCGAAAUUCUAAUUUCAGGGACUCCACUUCUGGAAGAACACUAACAGACAGGAACUUAGAAAAAUAAUGAUCUGUUUAUUACAGGAUAAUGAUGGUACAACAUACAUGCAAUAAAUGAUGAUAAGAUAAUGAGGAUAAAAUAAUAAUAGGUGAAUAAAUAAAGAUUCUGAGUCAGGCUAGGAGCACUAAAGUUAAUGAUAGUGAGUGAAUAUGCGCUAACAUAUUAACCUACACUAACUUUAGUGUCGAGAUAAACUCGGAUGUGGAUUUGGAGGAAUCUAAGAUUACCAGAAUAAGAGGAUAUCUGAGUUGAACGCAGGAGACAGCACCAGCCCUCUUUAGAGCUCUGGAGGUUUGCAUACUUAAGUGAGACUGGUCCUUGGAGAAGAUGGAGCAGGUUCCGAAGGUCCGGGCUACUGGCGGUUCGAGCGGUUCAGCUCAGAAGACGACUGAAGUCAGCCGAAGGAUGAGCCAGGAGUUGCAGCACUCAGGCCCGAAGCAAAAACCAGCGCCUGUGGAUCCUGUGGAUGCUCGUUUGGGUACUUCUUUAGUCUCACUCAAAAACUCUGGCACAGAGGAUGACCUGGGCCUGUUGGAUUGCGUUCGGAGGUGACUUUGAAAUCACGCAGAAAACUCAGAAAAACGAGGCUCGAAGAGCAGAGAAAACUUUCAAAAAUGGCUUCGCGAAAUUAAAGAAAAUCAAUCAAAGGCUUAAUCUUGAAUUGCUAUGUGCACAAAAAGUUGAAGUUUCAAAACUUGAACUAAGACGAUGUUAAAGAAAAAUCAACGUGAAUCAACACGUGGCGUAAAACUUAGAAGACUAAGAAAAAGUUCUAAGAGAAAACAAAGAAACGCACCACAGAAGGGUGUGGGCAGAAGAGAAGGGGCAUAAGAGCCGGGGACAAGAGAGUCAGCAGAAGAGCAGAAGCAUAAGAGAGAUAAGAGGAGUAAGAGUGAAGAGAGUAAGAGAGUGAGCAACCCGACUUCACUGGUUUUAUCUUCUCACACUGGGGGUGGCUCCGGCGUGUGUGUGAGGAGACAGAGGAGGGGUCGUGUGGUCUUUGAUUAUUUGAUCUAACUUAUUCUUUUGGCUGGCAAAAGAGUCAGAUCUGAUACUCACUCACUAUGAUUAAUAUCAUUGAAUGUUUGGUUUCAUGAUAAAUAAUUUGAUACUAAACACAUAUGAAUGAAGUGUAGGAUCACAUCAAACAUUCUCAUUAUGUUUUAAGUAUCACAUUGAACAUGCUAAAUUACUCUGAAAUGAAACAGAUAGUAACACAUGGAAACUGUGAACAACAAAAGAGUAAAUACAUGUGAAUGAACGUCAUCAUGAUUAAUAAUGGAUUCUAAAUACUCACAUUAAGGUUAUUCAAUGACAUUAUAACCACCUAAUGGUUAAAAAUACUAAAUAAACGAUUAAAAUAUAGAACAAACAUUUCUAAACCAUUUCUGUUAAUUAGAGCUAAGUUAUGAGUCACAAUCAAUAAAUUUAACUCUUAAAAGUUCAUGAAACAGUCUGAAAAGCUGUUGGUCUAAAGAUAUCCGGAGUGAUAAUUUGGCUUCUGAAGCACAUAGAAAAACGGGAAACAUCUCAUUUUAACACAAAUUUCAUGAUUAGACAGAUUAGUACAUUGCUGAAUGCAUAAGAUGUCAGGAUCAGUCAUUUGUAUUCUUUCACCAAAGGAAUGUAGUCUUUAUCAGUGCAUGGUCGAGCAGGGUUUUACGACCGAGGUCUGGAGGUCAGUGUCCCCCCUUUUCCUAGGGUCCGUAUGUUCACACACUUUAAGACACUAAAUCUCAAAUGGGAGAUCUGGGUUGAGACGUUAAUGUUUAUUUAGAUGGUCAGCAAAUGGAGUCAGUUUGAAAGGUAAUAAAACUCUGUCUCUGUUCUCCGAAUUGACCAAUCGUGAAGAGUCGGAGGUUUAGUCAACCUCCGGUUGGGUCACUUAUUUAACCUGAAAGUGUAAACGAGUCUGGAAAGAUUUAUAUCCUGUUUCCUGGGACCAGAUAAGGAACUUUCCUGUGAGGAAUGUGUGGGUUUCACACCCAGGGUUGUCUUGAUUGCUACACAAUAUAACAAAGUUUUUUUUUUUUCUGGUGAUAGCAAAGACUGCGUUUUAGCCGACCUCAACGCUAACUUUUAAAAUUGUCCCCCAGAUUGGGAAAUUUCGGAAAUGCCACAUUGUCAACAGCAAGUCAGGGUUUUCAAUGAAAAUGCUGAUGACACGCUCCAUUUUGUGCAUGCACAUUAAAAGUGGGAAAAUUAAACCGCCAUGCGCAAAUCGUAAAAAGUGUAAUGCGCAUGCGCAAAGUGGAGUGUACCAAAAGUGUUUUCAUUUAAAACCCGGGCUUGCUGUUGACAAAUGUGGCUGCAUUGUUCAGAAAUAUCCUAAUUUUGAGGGCAUUUUUAAAAGUGACCAUUUGAGGUUGGCUAAAACGUUGUUUCAGUUAUCAGGAGAAAAGGAAAUUUGAUAUAUCGAGAUAGUAAAUGGUUAUCACAAGAUUAUAGAGCAUAAAAAAAUCCAUGGCCGUUCUCGUCUUCUGUACCGUUCAUUUGUUUCUAGAGAAGAUAAAGUGACCCUAAAAUGUCUGUGGAGCGAUCACUUUGAAAUGCUCCCUCUCUGAAGUGGCGUCCCCCAGGGGUCUAUCUUGGAUCCCCUCUUAUUUAGUCUGCAACCAGCCAGUCAAAACCAUCUUUCAACGUGAAAACCAACAAAAAAGCUGAUCCAGGAGGGAGGUUUGUUAUCUCAUGAUAACGAGAUAAGUCGUUAUCAUGAGAUAACGGUGCAUUAAAAAAAAAAAAAUCCCUGGCCGUUUUCGUCUUCUGUACAAAAACCUUUUAAUAAACGAGGAAAAUGAAGCACAAUAAGUCAUUAUUUUUGUGAAUUGUAUUCUUUUAUACGUUCAUGUUAUUUUACACGUGAUGGAGGAUUCAGUUACAUUUUAAAAUCAUUAGUCUCUGCAUUAACAAAGUCGUAACUGAGUUACAUUAUUUUUUUUUUACCAAAAGAAACUUUUUUUCUUUGAACUCACGAGUAUAAAGUGCGGCAGUGAAGAGACAAAAGUCCAGAAUCAGAGUGCAAGAAUGUCGUCCGUGUGCAUCUCGAGAGUUUUCUUCUCGUCUUUGUCCGUCAGUACUUCGUUCACAGGAAGGUUUGUCAGUCCCAGUCUUCACCCCGGAGCAGCAGAGGGAAGCAGAGUGAAAACAGGAGUUCCUCUGAAGAGGACCGGUCAGAGUUACUCAGAAAAAACACACUGUAGUAAAAUCCAAAGGCAGCUUCAGCAACGUCAGUGAUUGUCGUGUAAAUGAAGAAAAAGAUGUUUCUAUGGUAACAAAGUGGUUAACACAAGUACAAAAAGUGACGUCCCUUUUUUAAACACUGUAGGUUUAGUUCUCACACGUGUGACUCAGGAGUUAAAGGACUAUUCUGUCAUUUUUACACCUCGACUUUCAUGCUAUGAGAGAAACUGCAGGUUCAUGAAGCAGAGAAGAAGAGCUACAGCCGCCUCGACAGAUCCGACUUCAGGUUAUAAAUACAGGUUUAAGUUGCACUUAUAUUUAACGCACCGUAGGCACACAACAAGAAAAGAUAGGACCAAUAAACACAGAGUUAGAUCAGCAGGUCCCUCCUCCUGCAUGAUGAAGCUGCAGUGGAGUCUGGUGGUUCCUCAGAGAACCUCUAAUGGUCUCAAAGCAGAUGUGGCGACAACAGUGAGCGCUCACGAUAGACACAGUUUAAAAAUCACAGAAUAACCCUUUAAAGACGAUUGAGCCACAAGGUGAGGUAUGAAACGAGCCAUAAACUGAGAUGAAACUGAGACUGAGCGGGUUUGUUUUUUUUCAGCAAAAUCCUGAUCCAGAACCUGAUCUUUAAGAGGGUCCCUUUCUGUAUCCAACCUCAAGUUUCUCACAAAAGUCAGUGCUCUUAAAAAUAUCUGAAAUCCUGGUUUUGUUAAAUGUGCCGGACGAAAACCAUCAGCUUCUCUAGGAUCAUAAAAACAGGAUUUCUUCAGGGAUCAGCGUCCAAACACACACGCACGGACGAAAAUGGCGUUAAAGUAAAACCGAGAAGUUUCAGUCAGUUUGAAGAUGUUUUUCCCUUUAGGUUGAGGUAGGAGAUCAGUCUCAGAUCUGCUCAUACGGACUCUGCUGGCCUCGUAGUCUGGGGUUUUUGUUGUGUAAUGGUUGUUGUUGUGGCUCCUUUCAGUAACACGCUGUACAGCAGAGAGAUAACAGCAGAACAUUUCCAGAGUGGAACUAAAGCACGGCGGUGAUUCAUCAGUUUUACAGAGAGGAAGGUCGCACACACACACGAGCACACAGAGAGAGAGAGAGACACGGUUCUGACCCACAUUAGAGUAAUCUGUGACCCCCUUACAGAGUCCCCUCAGAGAACCAGGACCCUCUGACCGGGCCUCGUCUGUGUUGAAGUGCAGUGUUUGUCGUAUCCCUUGUCGAGCCGGCUGAUCGUACCUCUACCUGGCGCUGGGUCGGCCCUGUCGCUGCUGGGACGUCUUGGUUUGGUGUUCGGACAGCCACUGGUGACAGAUGUUCUGCAUCACAGAGUCCUGGGCGCUCUCCGCCGCCUGAAGGACCUCCUGGACCAGCGGGCGCGCUCUGCUCGACUCGAGCUUUACCGCCAGGAGGUACGCAGGGCGGAGUUUGCUGCACAGCAGGUAGGCCUUAAUCUGCAGGUGUGACGAGAGACAGACCAUCGAUUAGUCUGAUUUUACAGAAACACCUUCACAGAGUUCAUGUUUCCGCUUUCUAAUUUUAACAAUAAGGUGAUUAUCCAAACUCCUAAAUAAAUCAAUCAAUAAGUGCAGAAUGUCUUUGUCUUCCUUCAGCAGUUUCAUCUUCACGUGUUCCCCCUGAAGAACAGUUUUUAUUGUCUUUUAUUUUCUCUGACAGCCUCUGAAGACGUGCAGAUAAAAACACAACAGGGUUAAACCAGGAGGAUUUACGGAAAAGGUUUAAAGAUUAAAAAGUUUGUUAAUUAAUUAUUAAUAUUGAAUGUUGUUGUUCUUAUCAUUAUUAUUGAUAUUAUUCUUUUAUUAUAAUUUCCAUUUGCUUGUCUGACAAUUGUAAUAUUUUUUAUCAUUAAAAUGUUUUUUUUUUUGUUUUUUUUUCUUCUCCCUUUUUCCUUUUUCUAAUUUUUUUCUUAAUUAUUACAUUUAUUUAAGUUCUUAAUAUUAGGAUCCUUAUUGUUAUAACUGCAUUUUUGCACUCUUUGUCUUGUCUGUGAUGCUGCUGUGACAAAAAAAUUUCCCCCAUGGGGGAUCAAUAAAGGAAUAUUCUAUUCUA